AUGCUUUACGAACAUUAUUACCUUUUUUUAUUAAUUAAUAGUCAUGCAUUUACAAUCAUAGGAAUUGAAUUAUUGAAAGAUUUUAUUCAACAUAGUACAAGUUCCUAUGUUCUUGCUAAAUUUGCUCUAGCUCAACUUAUAGAUGAUAUUGAUUUUCGAAUAUUAACUUAUCUUGAACAACAACAAUUAAAACAACAGUACCCUGAUAUACGUGUUCGUCAAGCAACUGCUUCGACUUUUGCUAAUCUUAGAAAAUAUAUUAAUACAAAUGAAAGUGAUUUUCAAGCUGCUGUACUCGAUUUACUUGUUCAAUUACUUUUAAUUCGUGUUAAUUAUACAAGUGGACAUGAACCUGAAACACAUGUUGGAAGUCAUUUAUUCGUUUCUGAAGGAAUACAUUUAUAUGAAAGUGGUCUUACAUUAGUUUUAUUAAUUGAACAAUUUCUUCCAUUACCAUUAAAUAAACAAUUAUUACCUAAAUAUAUACCAUAA